AUGCGGUCCACCGCCCUCACAGUCCUCGGUCUCGUGGCCGCCGCCUCGGCCCUCCCUGCCCGGGAGAAGAGGCAAUUCGGCUUCGGCGACGACGACGGCGAUUCCGCCUCCCACCCAGCCUACCUACCCUACGGAGCCGGAGUAUCCUUCCGAGCCCCAGUACCCUUCGGAGCCGAGUAUCCUUCCGAGCCCCAGUACCCUUCGGAGCCCGAGUAUCCCUCCGAGCCCCAGUAUCCUUCGGAGCCUGAAUACCCCCAGCAGCCUGAGUAUCCCCAGGAGCCCCAGCCUCCUAAGCAACCCAGUAUCCCCAGGAACCCCAGUAUCCUUCCGAGCCCGACAGCCCCAGCCGCCCAAGCAGCCCGAGUAUCCUCUGAGCCCCAGCCUCCUAAGCAGCCUGAGUAUCCCUCCGAGCCCGAGUACCCCUCUGAGCCCGAGUAUCCCUCUGAGCCCGAGUACCCCUCUGAGCCCGAGUAUCCCUCUGAGCCCGAGUAUCCUUCGGAGCCCGAGUAUCCCUCUGAGCCCGAGUACCCUUCGGAGCCCGAGUACCCCUCGGAGCCUGAAUACCCCGAUGACAAGAACCAAGAGGUCACCAUCGAGGACAUCAUCAAGGCCCAGCAAGAGCUUGCCAUCAUGAAGCAGCUCCUCGGCACCCUCAAGGACAGCGCCCAGAGGACCGCCCUCGAGAAGGGCAUCCAGCAGCUCAAGGAUUUCCUCAAGAAGCACGGCGCUCCCGAGGCCGUCGUCCUCCCCGGCCACAACAAGAGGGCCACCGAGUUCAACAGCCUCCUCGAGGCCUUCACCUCCCUCGUCAACUCCCCCACCUACCAUGACCGCACCCCUCCCUUCCCCGUCUACAUGGUCGCCCAGCAGCUCGCCCAGGUCCUCAUCGCCGAGGGCCACAACGUCGACCCCGUCCUCAUCGGCGACGCCUGGACCCGAUUCAAGAUUGGCAGGCGCCAUCUCGUAGAGAUCCCUCCCCAUCUCAUCGGCGACGUCAAGACCGACUUCAAGAUUGGCAGGCGCCAGGACGGCAUCUUUGCCCUCCCCGGAUCUUGCGACCUUGAGGACAUCAUCGGCCUCGAGACCACCCUCGCCACCAUCCUCAUCCUCUACGGAGAGAACCCCCGCGCACAUCCAGUCUCCGUCCCCGGCGAGAGCGGUGAGAUCGUCCCCGACGUUCCCGAGAAGGGUGCCCCGCUCAACCCCGACAAGCCCAGCGCUGGUGGCGAGCUUGCCCCCGAUGAGACCUCUGAGGGCGAGUUCGAUAUCGACAAGCCCGAGGAAGGUUCGGAGCUCGUUCCCGAGGAGCCCGCUGAGGGUGCCCCUCUCGACCCUGAUGCGCCCGAGAAGGGUGCUCCUCUCGAGCCCAGCGACUAA